AUGGGCGAUCGUCAAUUAUUUAUCGGAAAUUUAUGCAAUGUACCUAUAGAAUCAUUACGUCCAUAUUGUGAAAAAUAUGGUACAAUACUUGAUCUUUCAUUAAAUCGAGAUAAAGAUAAUAAUGUAUAUCAUUGUUUUGCUUUUCUUACAUUUCAAUCACCUAGUUCUGUAAUACAAUUUAUGUCUAAACGACCACAUUUAAUUAAUGGAGAAGAAGUAUUUGUUAAACGCGCAUUAUCACGGACUACAGCAACUAUUCCGGAACGACUUGUUGUUACUAAUCGAUUAGUUGUAGUAGAUUCAACUAGAUAUGAUAGACGAAUUCUUAGAAAUUAUUUUCAAAAAUUAGGUCAUAUCAAAAACUUUGAUUAUGAAAAUGGUCGAAUUGAUUAUGAUGACUAUGAUGUUGUUGAUCGCAUUCUAGUUGCUCGACCACAUUAUAUUCACGAUGAAGAAGUAUAUGUUACAAAAUUUAUUCCAACGGAAGAAGAUGAUGUUGAUGAUCAACCUGAUCGAAACAUACUUCCGAAUAUUGAAGAAGAAGAAGAAGGAGAAGUAGAAGAAGAUGAGAAUUUAAUCAUAAAAUAUAAAUGUCUUGAAAAACAGUUUGAAGAUUAUAAAGAAACAAAAGAAAAAGAAAUAAAAUUAUUACGAAAAGAAUUAGAAAAAACAAAAGAAGAAUUAUCUGAUAUAACACAAAUUAAAUUAGAUAAAAUAAUAAAAAAUCAGCAAUUAUAUCAUAGUCAAUUGCUGCAUCAUUUACUUCCAAAAUCUGAUUCAAUACAUGCACAACUAUGUGAUGAUUUUCUUCGUUCAACACCAAAUAAAAAACGUAAAACAUCAUUAACAUUAACUGAUAAUGAAUACGAACUGUUGUAA